GUGGUAGCUAAUAAAAUGCAUGCAAGAAUAUAAAAAUAUAUCGUGCCUGAUUCUGAACAGCAUGUAAUACCUUACUAUUGUGUAACAGCAGAAUACAGCUUUACUUAAACCCAAUUUACCAACCAGUCUCUGCCUGCUAUGCUUUGCUUGACUUAGUCUAGUCCCCACCAUAUAUUUAUGUGCUGGAUGCAUGAAACCAAAUAACACCCCUGUGUCAGCUGAUCACAUUACAUACUGACAUUGUUGUUGCAGUACCUCAAAUCCAAGGUAAUAGGAGCAGCCUGGUUGAGGUCAAUUAUGAUAAGGGUUAAAAUGUUGACUAACUGUCCCUCCUCGUCCUCCCUUUCACUGUCGGUGGCCAGGAUGAAAGGUGGAGCCAGCAAGGCCUGGGGGAAAAACCAGGAUGGGGUGGUGGCCAGCCAGCCCGCCCGCGUGGUGGACGAGCGUGAACAGAUGGCCAUCAGUGGAGGCUUCAUCCGCAGGGUAACAGAAGAUGCCCGGGAAAAUGAGAUGGACGAGAACCUGGAGCAGGUGGGUGGCAUCAUCGGUAACCUGCGCCACAUGGCCCUGGACAUGGGCAACGAGAUCGACACCCAGAACCGCCAGAUUGACAGGAUCAUGGACAAGGCUGAUUCCAACAAGACCAGGAUUGACGAGGCUAACCAGCGCGCCACAAAGAUGCUGGGCAGUGGCUAAACACACCGAGCCCAGAGCGCGGUGUCCCCGGCGUCUCGCGCCACACAUCUACAGGCGCUGACAUACUUUCAUCAUGGUAUUGACCUUCUAGGUUUGCACAUAUCACCUCCCCUUCCCAUUGUAAAUGUUGUUCUGUGUCGUCUGUCGAGCUUUUUCAAGAUGAUUGUCCUCGUAAAAAGAUGAUUUCUUAUACUCUGUAUAUCAUUCUUUCCAAAGGUUGUAUAUAGUGCUGACUUGAUGGCUCUCUAGCUCACCUGUGAAGUUUGUAUUCUCUUUAUCGAAAUAUAUAUAUCAUAUAUUAUUAUCUAUCAUAUAUAAUAUAGAUAUAUAUAUAUUAAAGUACACUGCUCUGGAUGAUAAUUAUAUAAUAGGAAUGCUAUACAAGAUGUUUGUUUCUAUUGUUUUUCCUUAUUAGUAUCUCAGUAUCGUCUUAGUAAAAUUGUGUCAUUCCAUUUAGGCUACUGACUUGCUCCUUAUUUUGAUGUUGUCACGUCAAAAAGGGAUAAGACUGAUGGAAAAACACAAGUUAAGAGACAAUACAGGUGAAUGGGAUUGCAAAGAGCACUUACAAUCAAAAGGCAGUCGUUGGUACAUUUUCCUUCAUCGCAAUCAUACUGAGUUUCUGUUUUGACAAUGUGCAACUAGACUCUCUGUAGCUGUAUUAGACAUUGCAUUCCAAGUGAUGUGAAUUGUGCGUUCUCUGCAUGACAAAUGGUAGAUUUUAGUCUUAUAAAUAAAAACUGUCUGAAAAAUAUAUAUAAAAAAUGAUAACAUGGCAGUAGCAAAUUGACAAAACGCAUGCUCAGUAUUAGGACACAGUUGAUCCUUCCAUACUCCUGCAAGUUUGCAAUAUUGCCACUCUUUUUGUCUCGAUAUAUUUACCAACUGUGACCAUCUCGUUGUAAAAUAAAGCAAAAGGGAUCAAAAAAGUGAGUUAAAGGUGAAAACAUAUGAGGACUUGGGGUUGUAUUGCAAAAAUAAUGACCUGUUUUCUAAAUGAUUAUGCAGUUGAGUGAUGAAGAUGUUGAUUAUGUGCUGAAAGAUGAGGACUGGUUGUGUACUGUAACAUAGGUUUUGGAUGCUCUGAAAAAAAAUAAACGUUUGCAAUGUAAAGCAAAGAGGCAUAUUUCUGAGAGACCUUACUUUUAUAAGAAGAUUGUAUCUGUAAGUUUAUUCUCCCCGUGUCGUUUGUUAAUGGUAAAAAUAAUGAUAAUAUUGAACAACAAUAACUAUACUCUGAAACAAAAAAUACAUACAAAGGUUUUUUUGUUGCUUCUGUACUUUAGAGCUAUGCACACCAAAUCGCCAAAAUGUCAAGUAGUUAGAGUAAGGUGAUUAAAUACCUAAUCCUGAAUGACACAAUAGCUUAGACCGUGAGAUUGAUGUCCUCAACGCAUGUAAUAUUAAAGACUCCCUCUCUGUAUCCUGUCAGUGUGUGAAGUGGUGGACAUUUUGUAGCUAGCUGCAUUGAUUAAAAGUAAUAAACCCUA